UACAUUCUCCAAAGGCGUAUAGCAGUUGGUUUAUUAAAUUGUGAUUUUCUAUAAAAAAAAAUAUGUUAGGGCAACGAAGAGGCCGCUGAUUUUGAUUUUGAAUUUGAAUUUGCGCCCAAACCAGAACAAUGAAGAAGAAAACCAUAUGGCCGCCUAGAGUAUUCAGCGACGAGGAUGAGAUUUUGGUGCUGAAAAGGCUUGCGGAUUUCUGGGGUGAUGGGAAGAACUGCAAGUGGACUAAGUUCCACCGUUUCGUCAAGGAUGAUCUUUCUAAGCCGUAUACGAGGCAUCAGGUGGCGGAGAAGAUCCGACGCCUCAAUAACAAGUUCCAUCGCUAUGGAGCGGAUCCCGAUUUGUCGACCCCUCAUAAAUCGGCUGUGUAUGAGCUUUCUCGAGCUUUGUGGAAAGAUGAAGUUAAAAAGAGGAAAAGGAAAAGGAAGGAGAAGAAGAUUGGAUUGGAUGAAUUUGAGUGCAAGUAUCCAUACUUGUGUGCUUCGUUUAAAAUGCCUGGGUGUCCCGUGGUUUACUUGGAUGAAUUGGUUUUGAUUGGGAGAGAGAAAGCGGGGCAGCUUGAGAAGCAAUGGAGGGAAGUCUAUGCUCAGCAGCUUCGCCUUCAGCUAGGAGGAGAGUCUUAUGAGGAAAUGGCUGCCAAACCUAGUAGAGAGGACUGAAGCCCCGUUGAGGACGAUGAACCAGUACGCUCUCCCUGUAGUAGCGCGUCUCCCUGAAACUAUUCCUCAUGUGGACACUAACUUGGGAUUUAUGUUGUGUAGUUGUGUUUCAUUUUGUGAAGUACUAAAACUAGUGUUAUCUUGAGUUGUGGAUUGAGAAACUUCGAAGUUAUCUUUGCAGACUACAAACUUUUGUGUCGUAAUUAGUUUGUCUUGUCGAGCUUUUAGAGCAAAUGGCGAUGAAUUGGCGGAGAAGUUUCAGAUGUGUUGCUAAUUAUUUAAUGGUUUGUGAUAUUUAUGGAAUUGUGUUCUU